AUGCUCUUUUUCAUGUUCUUGGUGGCCGCCAGCAUGCUUCUCCAUUAUCGGGAGAGCAGCUACUGGUGGCAGCACAUCUUCUCCAUGUCCUUCUGGCUCCUGAUUACCAUCGUAUUUAUGGGCACCGUUGGUGCACAAGAAGGAUCUGAAGCCAUGGGAGAAUUUAUCUCCGGAUACUUGACCGAGCUGGCUUUGACCUUUGAAAACGUGUUCAUCUACGAGAUGAUCUUGGUGUCUUUCCGUGUGCCGCGGAAAGUGGCACGGGACAUGCUCUUCAUCGUCUCCUUUUUCCAGAUGUUCUUUCAGCUUUGGCUUUUCAUGUUCAUGGCGAAAGCACUGAAGCAAAUCGAGAGCUUGCCAUACCUCGUUGGAGCUUGGCUGAUUUACUUGGGCAUCGACUCUCUGAGAGAAUCGGAUGAGGAGAGCAAUUUCGACCCUGAGACCUCUGGCUUCUACCGUGCCCUGCGCUGGGUCUUUGGCAGUCGGCUGGAGCCACACUACGGCGACUCGCUGGCUGGGCCAUGCAAGGGUGACAGAAAAGAGAUGAAAGCAGAAGUGUUAAAGUUUUGGAAGGGAAGCCUGAUUGUGGCAAUGUUCUUGUUGGAGCUGGAUGUGACCUUGGCCAAGAUUGAAGACAUCCCCAGUAACUUCAUUGGCUGGACCAGCUCGGUCUUCGUGGCCUUUGCCUUGUCAGACCUCUAUUUCCUGGUGAGUCAACUCUUCAAGAACUUCCAGUUGGUCCGUUCGGGCAUUAGCAUUCUGUUGAUUUUCUUUGGUGCCUUGUUACUUCUUCGCAAUGAAGUGCAAAUUUCAGACACCGCGGAGAUCGCGGGCAUGCUGAGCAUCGUGCUUCUGUCGGUGAUCUUCUCUCAGCCAGCUGGUCGAAGCUUCAGGUUUUAUAUUAACAUGUUUGGAUGCUCAUGUUGA